AUGGCCGAGCAGAAGCGCUCCCGUGUCUUCUUCGACAUCCAAGUCGGCUCUCAGCCCGCCGGCCGCGUUGCCUUCGAGCUUUACAAUGACAUUGUCCCCAAGACCGCCGAGAACUUCCGCGCCCUCUGCACUGGCGAGAAGGGCGAGGGCAAGUCGGGCAAGCCGCUGCACUACAAGGGCUCUGGUUUCCACCGUGUGAUCAAGCAGUUCAUGAUCCAGGGUGGUGAUUUCACCGCAGGCAACGGCACUGGCGGCGAGAGCAUCUACGGCGAGAAGUUCGAGGAUGAGAACUUCGAGCUGAAGCAUGAGAAGCCUUUCCUGCUGUCCAUGGCCAACGCCGGCCCUGGUACCAACGGCUCCCAAUUCUUCGUCACUACCGUGCCCACUCCCCACCUGGACGGCAAGCACGUUGUUUUCGGCGAGGUCAUCAACGGCAAGUCGAUUGUGCGUCAGCUCGAGAACCUGCCUACGGCUGCCCAGGACAGGCCUUCCCCGGAGAACUUUCCCAUCAUUGCUGAUUGCGGCGAGCUCACUGGUGAGGACUACGAAAAAUGCACCGAACGCGCUCCUGACAGCACCGGUGACCCCUAUGAAGACUUCCCGGAGGAUCAGUCCGAGGAGCUCACUGCGCCUCAGAUUGCCAAGAUUGCCGGCGAACUGAAGGACAUGGGCAACAAGGCUUUCAAGGGUGGUGAUCUCCGCCUUGGUCUCGCCAAAUACCAGAAGGGUCUUCGCUACCUGAACGAGAACCCCGAGGUCGAGGAGAAGGAUCCUCCGGAGACGAAGCAGCAAUUGUCCUCGCUCCGCUUCCAGCUUCACAACAACAGCGCGCUGCUGCAGAACAAGUUGAAGGAGUAUGAAGGCGCCGCCAAGAGCGCGACUUAUGCGCUCGAGGUCCCGGGUACUGCCGACGCCGACAAGGCCAAGGCAUACUUCCGCAGGGCUCAGGCCCGUGAGGCCCGCAAGAGUGAGGAGGAGGCCAUCCAGGACUACGAGGCGGCUCAGAAGCUUGCACCCAAUGACUCGGCAGUCCUCAGUGGCCUGGCCAACGCUAAGAAGAGGCUUGCAGAGUUCAAGAAGAAGGAGAAGGCGGCGUAUGCCAAGUUUUUCUCUUAA